AAGACCGAGUCCUCCGUCCAUCCUGAGCCCACCUGGAAGCUGCGUCACGUGGUCUUACCUGCACAUGGUCUCCAUGCAGCCAGUCCUGGGGGGUUAAAUUCAAGAGGACGGGAUGGACAACUUCUUCACGGAGGGUGAUCGGGUUUGGUUACGGGAGGAGGAGCAGUACCUGCCCAGCUCCGUCUCUUCUUGUUCCGGGGGAGUUGUUGUCUUUGCCACAGACUACGGCCAGGUGUACACCUACAAACAGAAUGCUCUCACCAGGCAGAAGGUCCAGCCCAUGCAUCACAGCAGCAUCACAGGGGUGGAGGACAUGUCGGCGCUCGAAGACCUUCAUGAAGGUGCCAUCAUGCACAACCUGUUCCAGCGGUACCAGCAGAGACACAUCUACACGUACAUCGGCUCCAUCCUGGCAGCAGUGAACCCCUACCAGCCGCUCCCCGGCCUGUACGACCGGCCGGCGGUGGAGCUGUACAGCCGCCACCACCUCGGUGAAAUCACGCCGCACAUCUUCGCCGUCGCUAACGAGUGCUACCGCUCGCUGUGGAAGAGGCAGCAGAACCAGUGCGUCCUGAUCAGCGGGGAGAGCGGCGCCGGUAAAACCGAGAGCACCAAGCUGAUCCUGAGGUUCCUGUCCGCCAUGAGCCAGCACUCUCUGGAGGUCUCCUGCAGAGACAAGACCUCCCAUGUGGAGGAGGCGCUGCUGGAGAGCAGCCCCAUCAUGGAGGCCUUUGGAAACGCCAAGACGGUCUACAACAACAACUCCAGCCGCUUUGGGAAGUUUGUCCAGCUGCACUUCAGCCAGAGGGGGAACAUCCAGGGGGGCAGGAUCGUCGACUACCUUCUAGAAAAAAACCGGGUUGUGCGGCAGAACCCAGGGGAGAGAAACUACCACAUAUUUUAUGCAAUAUUAGCAGGAGCCAACAGCCAGCAGAGGGAGGCGUUUGGGUUGACCCACCCUGAAAACUAUCACUACCUGAGACAGUCCAACUGUCCCGCAGACAAGACAAUCAACGAUAAAGGCACUUUUCAGGAUGUUCUGAACGCCAUGCGGACGAUGCAGUUCUCCGAGGAGAACAUCAGCGAGGUUCUGCGCCUCCUGGCUGGGAUUCUUCAUGCGGGGAACAUGGAGUUCAUGACGGCUGGGGGGGCGCAGGUUUCCUCCAAGUCGGCUCUCAGCUGGACCUCUGAACUCUUGGGUCUGAACUCGGAUCAGCUGGCAGAAGUUCUGACCCACCGCUCAAUGAUCCUCAGGGGGGAGGAGAUCUCCACACCACUCACUGUUGAACAGGCGGUGGACUCCAGAGACUCCAUGGCCAUGGCACUUUACUCUCGGUGUUUCAACUGGAUCAUCCACAAACUGAACGCCCGCAUCCGAGGCAGGGAGGACUUCAAGUCCAUCUGCGUCCUGGACAUUUUUGGAUUUGAGAACUUCGAGGUCAAUCGCUUUGAGCAGUUCAACAUCAACUAUGCAAACGAGAAACUUCAGGAAUAUUUCAACAAACACAUUUUCUCCCUGGAGCAGCUUGAAUACAACAAAGAGGGUCUGGUUUGGGUCGACAUCAACUGGAUGGAUAACGGAGAGUGUCUGGACCUGAUAGAGAAGAAACUGGGUCUUCUGGCGCUGAUGAACGAGGAGAGUCACUUCCCUAAAGCCACAGACGACACCUUGCUGGAGAAGCUUCACAACCAGCAUUCGAAAAAUCCCUUUUAUGUGAAACCUCGUGUUGCCGUGCACUUCUUUGGAGUGCGACACUACGCAGGAGAGGUGGUGUACGAUGUCCGGGGGAUGCUGGAGAAGAACAGAGACACCUUCAGAGACGACAUCCUCAACAUGCUGAGAGAAAGCAGGUUGGACUUCGUCUACGACCUGUUUGAACACGUGUUGAGUCGCAACAAACAGGACACGCUGAAGAGCAGCUGCAAGCACCGACGGCCCACUGUCAGCUCCCAGUUUAAGAACUCUCUACACUCUCUGAUGGCCACGCUCAGCACCUCCAACCCAUAUUUUAUACGAUGCAUCAAACCGAACACACACAAGAUGCCUGACCAUUUCGACCAGACGGUGGUUCUGAACCAGCUCAGAUACUCCGGCAUGCUGGAAACGGUCAAGAUAAGACGCACCGGCUUCCCGGUCCGGAGAUCCUUCCAGGACUUCUGCUGCAGGUACAAGGUGCUGAUGAAGGGUUUGCUGCUGUGCGAGGAGCCCAGAGGGCGCUGCAAGCAGCUGCUGCAGCUCUACGACAGCAGCAGUGCAGACUGGCAGCUGGGCAAGACCAAGGUUUUCCUGCGUGAAUCUCUGGAGCACCGUCUGGAGAAGCAGAGGGAGGUGGAGGUGCUGAAGGCGGCCAUGAUCAUCCAGGCCCACGUGAUGGGCUACGUGGCCAGGAAGCAGUACAGGAAGCUGCUGCAGAGCAUCGUGCUCAUUCAGAAGAACUACCGGGCUUUCUACUGGAGGAGGAGGUUCCUGCUCCUCCGCUGGGCCACCCUCACCUUCCAGAAGCGCCUGCGAGGCCAGCUGGCCCGCCGGGCUUUUAGCCAGCUGCUGGAAGAGAGGAGGAGAGAGGAGGAGGAGCGCUGCAGGAGGAGAGAGGAGGAGCUGGAGAGAGAAAGACAGCGACUGGAGGAUGAGAGACUCGCCCAGCAGGCAGAGGAAGCCAGAAGGCUGGAGGAGCUUCACCGUGCUGAGGAGGUUCUGGCUCAGUCUCAGCUUGAAGAAGCAGCUGCUCCGAACCCUGAAACCCUCGAGGAGCUGGAGUCGGCAGAAGUCUUUGAGGAGGAGGCGGAGGAGGCGAUCCGCCCACACGAGGCGUCUCAGGUGGAGGAGAUCCUGCGGUUGGAACGGGAGAUCCAGGCCCUGCAGAGGCAGAAGGAGCGCCAGGAGCUCUCCCUGACGGAGGCCUCCCUUCACCGCCUGCAGCGCCUCCGAGACCAGGAGCUCCGGCGGCUGGAGGACGAAGCCUGCAAGGCGGCGCAGCAGUUUCUCGAGUCGCUGAACUUUGACGAGAUUGACGAGUGCGUGAGGAACAUCGAGAGCUCCCUGGGCGUAGGGGACGAAGGUGAGAAGGACAAUGGACGGAGGAGAGGAAACGAUGAAGAGGAGGUCGAUGAAGGGUUUGGGGCUGAUGACGAGGCGUUCAAAGACUCACCGAACCCUAGUGAACACGGCCAUUCGGACGGGCAGCGGACGAGUGGAAUCCGAACGAGCGACGACUCUUCUGAAGAAGACCCAUACGCCAACGAUGGGGUGGUGCCACCACUGCCGCCCACCACCCUGCUGCCUCUGCCGCCUGGGCUUCUGGCCUGCCACAGCGUCUCCUCCAGCGGAGACUCCGCCUACUGCCACCCGCAGGCUUCAUCUGAGGCGCCGUCCGACGACCUGGUGGAGCUGAUACCGCCGGAUGAGGACUCAGACUAUGAUCAGGACGACUACGAUGAAGGCGCCAUCGUGUCCAGCGGCAGCAUGGCCUUCAGCAACUCCCUCAGCGGUCAGUGGUCUCCUGAUUACCGCGGCUCUGUAGGCACCUACAACAGCUCCGGGGCGUACCGCUUCAGCUCUGAGGGGGCUCAGUCAUCGUUUGAGGACAGCGAGGAUGACUUUGAGAGGUUCGACACUGACGAUGAGUUAUCGUACCGCCGGGACUCCGUCUACAGCUGCGUCACUCUCCCGUACUUCCACAGCUUCCUGUUCACCAAAGGUGGCCUGAUGAACACGUGGAAGCGGCGUUGGUGUGUUCUGAAGGACGAGACCUUCCUGUGGUUCCGGGCCAAGCAGGAGGCGCUGAAGCAGGGCUGGCUGCACAAGAAGGGCGGCGGCUCGUCCACGCUGUCCCGUCGCAACUGGAAGCGCCGCUGGUUUGUGCUGCGGCAGAGCAAGCUGAUGUACUUUGAGAACGACAGCGAGGAGAAGAUGAAGGGGAUGCUGGACAUGCACAACGCCAAAGAAAUCGUUGAUAACACGGGUAAGGAGAAUGGAAUCGACAUCGUGAUGCCAGAGAGGACCUAUCACCUGAUCGCAGAGUCUGCUGAAGAUGCCAGCCAGUGGUUCAACGUGCUGAGUCAUGUCCAAGGCUCUACAGAACAGGAGAUCAGCGAGAUGCACGAUGAGCAGGCCAAUCCCCAGAAUGCUGUGGGAACGCUGGACGUGGGGAUGAUCGAUUCGGUUUGUGCGUCAGAUAAUCCAGAAAGACCAAACUCUUUCGUUAUAAUUACGGCAAACCGCGUGUUGCACUGCAACGCCGACACGCCCGAGGAGAUGCACCACUGGAUCACGCUGCUGCAGCGCUCCAAAGGAGACGCGCGCGUCGACGGGCAGGAGUUCAUCAUCCGAGGUUGGCUGCAUAAAGAGAUGAAGAAUAGCACCAAAGCGUCACUAAAGCUGAAAAAGCGCUGGUUUCUGCUGACCCACAAUUCCCUGGACUACUACAAGAGCUCGGAGCGUAACGCCUUAAAGCUCGGGACGCUGGUGCUGAACAGGCUCUGCUCGGUGGUGCAGCCAGACGAAAAGGUCUUCAAAGAGACCGGUUACUGGAACGUGAUCGUGUACGGCCGCAAACACUCGUACCGUCUCCACUGUAAGCUGCUGAACGAAGCCACGCGUUGGGCCAACUCCAUCCAGAACGUCAUCGACUCCAAAGCACCCCUGGACACGCCCACCCAGCAGCUCAUCCAGGACAUCAGGGAAAACUGUCUGAACUUGGAGGUGGUGGAGCAGAUCUACAAGAGGAACCCCAUCCUGCGUUACAGCCAACACCCGCUGCAUUCACCGCUGCUGCCGCUGCCCUACGGAGACAUCCACCUCAGUGCUCCAAAGAGCAGGAGCUACACGACUCUGCAGGACGAAGCCCUCAAGGUGUUCAGCUCUCUGCAGCACCUGGAUGGAGUGGCUGACCCCGUCCCCAUCAUCCAGGGCAUCCUGCAGACUGGCCAGGAGCUCAAAGCCCUGCGCGACGAGCUCUACUGCCAGCUGAUCAAACAAACCACACGGCCGCCGCAGCCCGGGAGUCCUGGGAACCUCUGCAGCUGGAAGAUCCUGGCCUGCAUGUCCUGCACCUUUGUCCCCUCAAGGAGCGUACUCCGAUACCUCAAGUUCCACCUGAAAAGGACUCGGGAGCUGUUCCCCGGCUCAGAGAUGGAUCGUUACGCCGCCUUCGCCCUCGACUCGUUGAAGAAGACUCGAACCAGGGAGAACGUGCCGUCGCAGGAGGAAAUCCGCUCCAUCGUGGCCCGACAGGAGAUGAGCACCACGGUUCACUGCCACGGAGGGGGCUCCUGCAAGAUCACCAUCAACUCUCACACCACUGCAGGAGAGGUGGUGGAGAAGCUGAUCCGCGGUCUGGCCAUGGAGGACAGCAGAAACAUGUUCGCUCUGUUCGAGCACAACCACAGCACGGAAAAGGCCAUCGAAAGUCGCACGGUGGUGGCCGAUGUGCUCGCCAAGUUCGAGAGACUGUCGGCGAGUCCGGACGAAAACAACACCGCCUGGAAGUUGUACUUCAAACUCUACUGCUUCCUGGACACCGACAGCGUUCCUAAAGACAGCGUGGAGUUCGCCUUCAUGUUCGAACAGGCCCACGAGGCGGUGAUUCAUGGUCACUAUCCCGCCCCCGAGGAGACUCUUCAGUUUCUGGCGGCCCUGAGGCUUCAGUACCUCAUGAGUGACCAAAACUCCCAGACCAGCGUCCCGGAGAUGAGUCAGGUGUUCCCUAUGGCUCGCCUCCGGACCAGGGUGCAGAACUCUGCCAGGACGUUCACACCGGGCACCGGCUCGGUGGCCGACCGCUCCGGAACGUUCGACAGGAAACGCUCGAGCUUCCUGGAGGGCACGCUGAGGCGGAGCUUCAGGAGCGGCUCGCUAAGUCGGCAGAAGCUGGAGGAGGAGAACAGCCUGGAGGUGUGGAUGAGGGAGGAGGCGGCGGCGAUGAAGACCAGCGUGAUGGAGAAGUGGAGGAAACUGCAGGGAAUGAACCAGGGACAGGCAAUGGUCAAAUAUAUGGCGCUGGUGAAGGAGUGGCAGGGAUAUGGAUCCACGCUGUUCAACGUCGAGAGUCGGGACGGAGCGUUCCCCUCCGAGCUGUGGUUGGGCGUGAGCAGAGAGUCCAUCUCGGUGUACAAACGAGGGGAGCCGUGGCCUCUGGAGGUGUUCCCCUACGAGCAGAUCCUUUCCUUCGGCGCCCCUCUGCCCAACGCCUACAAGAUAACUGUAGAGGGUCGAGAACUGGUGUUCGAAACACACAUGGUCAUGGACAUCGCCAAGCUCAUGAAGGCGUACAUCAGCAUGAUCGUCAAGAAGCGCUACAGCAACUGUCAGUCUGUCAGCAGCCAUGGGAGCCAGUGUAGCGCCUGGUGA